GUUCUACCUUACGGAAGAAGCAGGCCCCGGGGGUGCCGGCUAGUCCCAUUGGAUGCGAGCGCACGCUCCGAAUCUCAGGCUAGCUAGAGACCUCCAUCAUGGGGCACCUAAUAACGUUGGCUACUUCAUUAAACCAGUGGGCCUUAGAUUUUCAGGGAAAUUAUGAACGUAUCAUUCAAAGCAUCGCGAUCGCAAAGGAGCGCGGUGCUACCCUGAGAGUUGGACCAGAGCUGGAAAUUCCUGGGUAUGGCUGCUACGACCAUUUCCUUGAAGGGGACACCAUCCUUCAUUCCUGGGAGGUACUGGCCAAGAUCUUGGCCGGCGACGAUACCAUGGGAAUUAUCUGUGAUAUUGGAAUGCCCGUGGUGCACAAGAAUGUAAUUUACAACUGUCGUGUUAUUGUACACGACAGGCAGAUUCUGCUCAUUCGCCCUAAGAUGUGGCUCGCCAACGAUGGCAAUUACCGCGAAAUGCGGUACUUUACUCCUUGGAUGAAGUAUCAACAAUGGGAGGAUCAUUUCCUCCCAAGGAUUAUUCAAACCGUCACAAAGCAGGUUUGUCAUUGUUUUCCUUCAACCUCAGUCACGCACAACUCUUCCUUUCCAGGUCAAAGUCCCUUUUGGAGACUGUAUUAUAAGCACGGUGGACACCUGUAUAGGUUGGGAGCCAUCAUGAGUUACGAAAACUUUACACCCGCGUCGAGCUAUAUGGACUCUCUUGGUGGCGUCUAUCUUUAUGCAAAUCAAAAAGGCUGCGACGGCGAUCGGCUGUAUUAUGAUGGUUGUGCCAUGAUCGCCAUGAAUGGCCACAUCGUCUCUCAAGGUUCACAGUUCUCCUUGGACGAUGUUGAGGUCGUCACAGCUACGAUCGAUAUUGAGGACGUGCGCUCACAUCGCACAUCCCGCAGCCGCGGGCUCCAGGCUGCCCGUUCUAAGGCUUUUCAUCGAAUUGAAGUGCCGUUUGCACUUUCAAGUGGAAAGUUUGGCGAUACAGAUGGGGCGAUGGCCCUGGGUAUCCAGGCCAAGCUUGCUGGAGCAAGGUUUCAUACUCCAGAGGAAGAGAUAGCGCUUGGUCCAGCUUGCUGGCUCUGGGACUACCUCAGGCGCUCCCGUACACAGGGAUACUUUGUCCCUCUCAGCGGAGGUAUCGAUUCCUGCGCUACAGCUGUGAUAGUAUAUUCCAUGUGCCGCCUCGUGGCUGAGGCUGCACGCAAGGGAGACAAGCAAGUUAUUCUUGAUGCAAGACGAAUGGUCGGAGAGCCGGAAGACUCAGUUUAUACCCCUUUGGACCCGCAUGAGUUUUGCAACAAGAUCUUCCACACGUGUUACAUGGGCACCGAGAACUCUAGCGCAGAAACGAGAAAGAGGGCCAAGGACCUCUCAGCAGCGAUUGGAAGCUACCAUGUAGACCUCAACAUGGACACUCUUGUCACCUCUGUCCGUGACCUGUUCGCGUUCGUUACUGGUAUGCGACCUCAGUUCAGAGCCCAUGGCGGAUCGGGCGCGGAGAAUUUGGCGCUGCAGAACAUCCAGGCACGGUUACGGAUGCUCCUUGCUUAUCUCUUCGCUCAACUACUUCCUUGGGUGCGAGGCAGACAGGGUGCACUCCUCGUCCUUGGCAAAAUGCCAACUGAACUAACAUUAAUACCAGCUGAUAUCAAUCCUAUUGGCAGCAUCAGUAAGACUGAUCUCAAGAAGUUCAUUGCCUACGCUGGGGAUGCGUUUGAAAUUCCCAUCUUGAACGAUUUUUUGACCGCCGUACCGACCGCUGAGCUAGAGCCAAUUUCAGAGACAUAUGUCCAAGCGGAUGAGGCGGACAUGGGCAUGACGUAUGAUGAACUAUCAGUCUUCGGUCGUUUCCGCAAAGUGGAGAAGUGUGGACCAUAUGGCAUGUUCACGAAGCUGGUGCAUGAGUGGGGCUCAUUCCUGUCUCCCGUUCAAAUCGCAGAGAAAGUCAAGCAUUUCUUCUUUGAAUAUGCGCGCAACCGUCAUAAGAUGACAACUCUGACACCGGCAUAUCAUGCAGAAUCUUACAGCCCAGAUGACAACAGAUUUGAUCUCCGUCCUUUUCUCUAUCCCUCUAGGUUCCCGUGGCAGUUUAAGAAGAUAGAUGAAGUAGCUGCAAUCCUACCUGAUCGCUCCAACCCGGCUGCAGAUAAGACCAAGACUGACUGAAUAAUGUAGAUUCAAGUCCAUGUACUUAGACGACAUAAAGCUUAAAGGCUCUAAGCCACAAUGAAACGAUCCUUUGUAUUCCAAUA